UCUGUUCUCCCCCUUGUGUAACCAUUUACACCAGUCCCUUCACCUAAAACCCGAAACCCUUAUCUACCUUCGUUUCUCAUGCCUACCUCCCAGGCUACCAUAUAAAUUUCACAAAGACACCGUUUUCGAUUUCGGCUUACAGGUCCGGCGAUGCCCGUUAAGCUCUUUCACCAACUUCGUCUCCUCAACCCUGCUUUUCCGGCUACCUGCUUCUCUUCCAUGAAGUUUGGACCCUCUAUUUCUGCUUCUGAGACUAUCUCAAGUUUUUCUCGAAUGUUUCCCUUUAAGCUCAAGUACCGUUGUCUAGGGUCUAUUCGUGCUCCACAAAAUAACCAACUCGGUAUGCGGAAAUUCUCGACUCGGCCGUUUCGAUCAAGGACUACCGCUUCAGGCUCCGAGUACGGUCGCGGAAGAGGAGAGGUUCGCGCCUCGAAGAGUUUGGUUGAGGACGAGGCUGAGCUCAGUGACUGGGUGAGCGAGUUAAAGGAGGACUCGUUCCGUGGCCGGCUGAAUAGCGAAGACGAAUCGGAUGGUAGUAAUAGGGGUCGCAGGGGUAGAAGUGGAGAUAUAGGUAGUAGAGGCGAAAUGGGUGGUGGUGAUAGGGGUCGUAGGGAUAGGAAUAGAGAUAUAGGUAGUAGAGAUUCUUUUUCUGUGAAAAAGAGAAGAGGUGAGAGUGAUUCGGAUGAUGCUAACGAUUCGAGCCGGGGAAGAACACGAACCCCAAUUGGGUCUCGUUCUAGGGAUUCACAGAUGAACAAGCGAUUCGAUACUAGAGGGGGCGGUGUUAGUGAUGAAGCUUUCCCACGGAAAAGGUCUUCUGCGUUUCAGGAAGGGAAAGUAAGCUCCAAUUCAUUUGCGGGGAAGAGAGGUGGGAGAGAUACGGAAUUUGGGUACAAUAGGAAUGAAGGGAAUAAGGGUUUAAGGAAUGAUGGUAAGGGUUUGAGAAAACAAGUUCUUUUAAUGGAGGAGGACAAGGAUGAGGAUGACGAGGGAAAAAGGUUGGGCAUUGGAGCUUUGCUUAGUGAAGAAGACAGUGAAAUUGAUGAAGAUGAUGAGGAUGAGCAAAGUUCGGGUCCAUUGAUUGGUUUGAACAAGGAAGUUAGUGCCAAGGGUUCAGCAGCGUCAUCAACUGGAAAAUCAGAUUCUUACUUGAGUGAAACUAGCUUUGACAAAUUUCCAGUCUCUCCCUUAUCUCUAAAAGCAAUCAAGGACGUUGGGUAUGAAAAGAUGACUGUGGUACAAGAGGCAACUCUUCCACUUAUACUCAAAGGUAAGGAUGUUCUUGCCAAGGCCAAAACAGGCACCGGAAAAACUGUAGCCUUUUUGCUUCCAGCAAUUGAAGUUGUUGUAAAGUCAACUCCUAUUGAUCGUGACCAAAAGCGCCCCCCGAUUUUUGUGCUUGUAAUAUGUCCUACCAGAGAGCUGGCAUGUCAAGCUGCUGCAGAAGCCAAUACGUUGUUGAAGUAUCAUCCUUCUAUUGGUGUACAAGUUGUAAUAGGAGGUACAAGACUAGCUCUGGAGCAGAAGCGCAUGCAAGCAAACCCUUGUCAGAUUCUUGUUGCUACACCUGGGAGGCUCAGAGAUCAUAUGGAGAAUACUGCCGGUUUUGCAACUCGGAUGAUGGGUGUGAAAGUACUUGUCCUUGAUGAAGCUGACCAUUUGCUUGAUAUGGGAUUUCGGAAAGACAUUGAGAGGAUAAUUGCUGCAGUUCCGAAGCAAAGACAGACACUUUUGUUUUCUGCCACUGUUCCAGAAGAGGUUCGCCAAGUCUGCCAUAUUGCUUUGAAAAGAGAUCAUGACUUUGUAGAUACAGUUAAAGGAGAGAGCCAGGAAACAAAUUCACAAGUGAGGCAGACGUGUUUGGUUGCUCCCCUGGACAAGCAAUUUUCCCUUCUAUAUGUUCUCCUGAAGGAACAUAUUGCAGAUGAUGUUGACUAUAAGGUUAUCAUGUUCUGUACAACCGCUAUGGUCACCCGGCUGGUUGCGGACCUUCUUGGUGAGUUGAAGCUGAAUGUGAGAGAGAUUCAUUCUAGAAAGAGUCAGAGCUAUAGGACUAAAGUCUCUGAUGAGUUCCGGAAAUCGAAGGGCCUUAUUCUUGUUACUUCUGAUGUGUCUGCACGUGGGGUUGAUUAUCCUGAUGUCUCGCUUGUCAUACAGGUGGGCGUGCCCGCUGAUAGAGAGCAGUAUAUACAUCGACUUGGUAGAACUGGGCGUAAAGGUAAAGAAGGACAGGGCGUACUUUUGUUAGCUCCUUGGGAGGAAUUCUUUUUAUCAUCUAUCAAGGCUUUGCCAAUUACAAAAGCAUCUUUGCCCUCCGUUGAUCCUGACACACGGAAAAAGGUGGAACGUGCACUCUCAAAUGUGGAGAUGAAGAGCAAAGAAGCAGCAUACCAAGCCUGGCUCGGAUAUUACAAUUCAAAUAAGGCUAUUGCCCGUGACAAGAAUAAGCUCGUGGAGCUAGCUAAUGAAUUCAGCCGAAGCAUGGGGCUAGACAAUCCUCCUGCCAUUCCCAAGCUUGUUCUAGGCAAGAUGGGUUUAAGGAAUGUCCCCGGAUUGCGCUCGAGAUAACUGUCUAUUGUUGCCAGUUAAACCAUGGCAACUCUAACUUGUUCAGUUAAGAGGAAAUAAUUUCUUUUACUUCCCUCAAUAUCUGUACACAUUGGAAUGUUGUGAAGGGAGCAGUUUGAGCGUCAAUGAAGGUAGGGCGAUUAUUUUCCAUGGUACAAAACUGAGGAUUUUUGUAUUCUUUAAACUUACCGAAUUGGCGCUCUACCCGUUCUCAUCAUUUUUUUUGUUCGCUACUUUGUCUUAAUGUUUAUUCUUUACCCAUUGAAAUACCUGAUUUUGUCCUA